AUGAGGCGCAGGGCCAAAACAUCCAUCUUCUGUGCCUCUGGCGACAAGACAGCCAUCACGAUCCCCUUUCUCAAGUUCCCAAAUGAAAUACGAUACCACAUUUACAAGGAUUACCUGUUGCUCGACAAAGGCUACGAGCUGAACCCACACACCAACAAGCUGCGAAUCAGCAAGGGCAGACCGAUCCAGUUCGACUUGAUGUACACCUGCAAGCUCGUGGCUAUGGAGAUGCGAGGCCUGCCUCUGACGGUGAAUACCAUCACUUUCUCGGCAUUUCACCCUCAGUCCAACAUCGACCGCGCCAUUAUCGGGCGUUUCGGCCACGCCGUCGCCCUAUUGGACGAGGAGCUAAACAACAACUUCCACGAGACCACGCCGAACCUCUUCCACGACAAGGUGGUCAGGGAAAUCUCCGACGCCUACCCGGCCUUCGCUCCAGUUCUUGAUGUCAUGAGGACUGGUCAGAAAAAAACCAUGCGUCACUUCUGCAGCCCUUUCGGCCAAACCCCCUCCGCCUGUCGCAAUUUCAUCCAUUUCACCCUCGACCGCAUCGUAUCGCACAGAUCUUUAUAUCAGGACGACUACGAUGCUUUCGUCAAUGCUCUCGACAUUCCGAAAGGGUGCCCGCCUCUUGAUGAGAUUGUCCGCGGCUACAAUCCCGCUUUCUGGGGGAUUCCUACCCAAGACGACCUUGAUCGCCUUUACCAUAUCUUUGGUGGGCGCCGUGAGGUUGCAGUGUAUUGCUCCAAGGACGAUGUAUUCAAAGAUGAGAAGCCGCCCUCGGACCUUAGGAGGUUCCGCUACUCGGCCGCUGCUGCCGCCAUCCGAUUCCUGGACUCCAUCUCCCAGGCAUCUCGCAGUUACCUCCGAGAUAUCCGCCUGCUGGAAGAUCGACCGUCCGUUGCGAAUCCCGAGUGCCACGGCUUGGGACUGAUCCGCUUCUGCCAGGAGAACCCUCUUCUGCGCGUCGAGCGUCGCGUGAGCCUGUGGAACACCGUCUUUGCGGGAGAUCCCUAUCGCCAGACAGCAUGGCAAGCGAGACAACCCCUGACGCGGAUACUGGCCGACCAGAUUUCCGAGAGAAUAGGGGUCUGGGUCGUCGAGGCUCUGGCGUUGGCGGCGGCGGGCAUGCCGCAGGACUCCUUCGCCUUGGUCUUUGACGGCGAUUUGAAGGGAGACUGGAAGUGCGAGCAGAUAUUCCAACAGGUCGUUUUGCGCGACGCCGCCUGGCAACAAGCCAUGGACGAAUGCUUCGAGCGUGGCAUACUUCCACCUCAGUCUUGGGCGGCAAGGAGACUCGACCCGAGACGCGCCGGAGACUGGUCCGUCAUCCCAGGAUAUCCAGACCGUGACAGGCCUGUCAACUGGUGCUAUCUUCUCGACGGGUUCCCGCAGGCGAUGCGAGACAUCGUUAACGGGAAUUCCGUCGUCUGCUGCCGUUUCAAUCCAGGCAAAUACUGGGACAUCGAGAGGUUGAUUAGGGAACAGAGACCGUGGUCUCUGGAGGAAUGGAAGUUCCGUUGGAGCCGAGGGCAAAAGCACUAUCUCCGGGGUCACCUCGACGAACGAAGGCCCUCGAUGCGAGGAGUGUCGUGGAGGCGGCAGAAUUCGAAAGUCGAACGUCAGAAACGUAGGUGGGCGGCGCAGUACCCUGCCCAUAUCAGAGCCUUACGCCUGGAGCAGCUCCUAGCCGAGUCGAACCAGCGCGAAAGGGAUAGAGCAGCCAGGCGUCUACAGAGAGAGGCCGAGGGGAGUUGGGGACUGUAUUUUGACUGA